AUGAUGAUAGGGAUUGCAGCCGGAAUGGACUACAUUCACAAGGCAAAUAUCAUACACAGAGAUCUUGCGGCAAGGAAUUGCCUUUACGAUAGAAGUCAUACGGUGAAGAUCUCAGAUUUUGGUUUGUCGCGGCCAGGAACGGUGUACAAGAUGAAAAGCGCACAAAAGAUGCCGAUUAAGUGGAUGGCGCCUGAAAGUAUUCUAACGUUCACAUUCACGCAAAAGACGGAUGUUUACACGUUUGGGGUUCUAACGUAUGAAAUAUUUGCUGCAAUUGGUCCAUACGACGACAUGAGGAAUAGUGUUGUAAAAAAAAUGAUUGUUGAGGGCAAAGUGAAUCAAUUUCCUGCAUCUACUCCAGACUAUGUGGUGAAUUUUGUGAAAGAAAGGUUAUGGUGUAGGGACCCUGACAAACGACCUGAUUUUUCUUCGAUAUUAGCUGAACUGGAAAAGCUGGCUUCUGAGAAUGCCGAGAAAACUAUUGAUGUCAUAGACGACCACACAUCACAGGCGAUGAGUGAAGGAAAAACUACAGCGACGAUCGAAAUUGAUGUGACAACCGAGGCUAAGGCUAAGAAGCCAGCAAAAAUGGCAGAUUCAUUGAAGAGUUCAAAGAAGAAGAAGGAAGCUGAUACACCAGUCAGCAAAGAAGCAGCUACACCUGUCAGCAAGGAAGCGGCUACACCGGUUAGUAAGGAAGCAGCUACACCAGUCAGUAAGGAAGCGGCUACACCAGUU